AUGCUUAAAAAGAAGACCUUGGCUCCGUCCCUCUUCUUCCGGCACCACACUCCCACCGCCACCCCCGAAUUGUCCCCCACCUCCUCAGACAGCGAUUCCGAAGAGGACAUGGAAUCACCUGGCUCCCGACCGGUCAGCCUGACCAUCUCGUCGGGGGCCUUUUCCAUGCGCCCGACGCUCGACGAGGUGCUGGCCAACAUUGCCCCACCCCCAUACACCCUGAGCGCCUUCAUGGCCUACCUCUCCCAGAACCAUUGCUUGGAAACGUUGGAAUUCACCAUGGAGGCCAACCGCUACCGGGAUUCCUACUACAGUUUGGCCGAACGUCUCGGUCCCGCCGCCUUGGACUCAGAAUGCCCCGACGCCCAGCACCUGCGAAUGCUCUGGCAGCGUCUAUUGACCGCAUACAUUUUCCCGGGGUCGCCCCGGGAGAUCAACCUGUCGAGCGAAGUCCGCGACGCGCUUCUGCAGUACACCAAUGUGACCGUGCCGCCAGUGCCUGAGACGUUAGAUUCCGCCGUGAAGCGUAUCCACGAGCUUAUGGAGGAAUCCAUCUUCCUCCCUUUCAUCAACAGCCACACCACCUCCCCUUCCAUGGCCCCCUGCAGCGAUCCGUUCAUGGGCCCCGACGACUUCAUGAAUCUGUCCUCCACCAGCCUGGAUGAGCAUCAGGUGAAAAGGGUUCGGUCGCGUGUCUCCAAGCGCAUCUCCCCGCAGUCAUCCACUAAGGAUCUUCCCGCGACCGGCCACACUCGCUCCACUAUGUCGCUUGGCGCCGUGCAUGCCAUCGGCAAACGCACUUCCGGCGCCCUUCUCAGUUCCAGCGGCGAGUCGGCCUCUCUGACCGAUGACUCCAGCUCCCCGCAGUCCAGUCCUGCCGUUGAUGAGCCUAUGACACCACCAACCACCCCGCCUGCCAGCGAACCACACCUGCCCAUCCACAGCCCCAGACUCCGCACCGAAAACCCAUGGAAGAAGAUGGGUAUGAAGCUUGGCUUCAAGAAGCGUUCCACUGGAGGCAGCAAUGGUGGUCCUCGUGAUCCCAAGAUCCUCGGUCUGGACGACUAA